GUCGUGCCGCCGCUCAACUUCGACAUGGUUGCAGCCGGCGUGUAUCGCUCUGGCCAUCCGAACGAGCGCAAUUUUGAGUUUAUGCGGCGGCUUGGCCUGCGCUCCAUCAUGUACCUCUCGGCGGAGGACUACCGGCCACAUGUGGUCCAGUGGGCCGAGUCGCAAGGCGUGCAGAUCCUGCAUCACCGCCUGAACGUGAACAAGGAGCCCUUUGGCGAGAUGGACGAAGACGUGGUCGCGGCCGCGCUGGCCGACAUCCUGGACCGCCGCAAUCUGCCCGUCUUGAUACACUGCAACAAGGGCAAGUACAGAGUCGGCGUGCUGGCUGCGCUCGUGCGGCGCCUGCAGGGCUGGAGCCUCACGUCCGUCUAUUCGGAGUACGAGCGCUUCGCAGGCAGC